UCGGUAUCUCCAAUGAUGUCACGUUUUGUUUGUUGUUGAUAUUUUUCAAGCAUUUUUUCGAUUUUGUAAUACUAUUUUUUUCAAUAAUGUCUAAUUAAUUACGUAUAAUUAAUUGACUAAUCUUGUGCGUUUUAUAUUUAAUUAGCGUUUUGCGCGAUCAAUGUACUAAUAAUUGUGAUCUGUUCCCGACGCGAACAUAUUUCUUCCAUCGGAUUAUGUUUUUUCAUCAGUGAAGUGUUACUCGUCGUUGUAAGAUAUGGAAAUUGAUUCUCCGUUCCCGAAAUUCGUUAAAGGCAAACGAUUGAACAUUUCACCCAUACCCAAAAGACUGUUUCUCGAUGAAGCGGAAGCCGAAGAUGAAACAUCGGAUGCGUUUCAAGAAAGAUUAGCAGCUGUCCAACGCCGCUUAUCAUUUGAUUACGAGAAUAGUAUGAUACUGGACGAGAAUAUGGGUAAUGCGAUUAGCGACGAAAAUAACGUUAAUAUGUGUGAUAUUUCUAAGUCAGCCGAUUCCGAAUCGCCACCGUUUAAAAAAGCUAAAUCGUUGAAAGUGUUCGAUUCGUCCACACCAUUUACUGGUCGAACAACGCCACCUUCUAAAGAUACAUCUUUAACGGCGACCACAGCUACACCUAGGGCUAAUCCUAGACUCCUACGAUUCAAAACAUCACCAGCCAAUACUUCUCACCUGUUAUCGCGAUCGUUGAACGCAGCACCAGUCAAUCCAUUUACCCCGUCCGGUCGCGUUCUAAUUUCGGAAAACCAGAAACGCCGUCAAAAGCAUAGAAAAGCGUUCCAAGAAUGGCUUAGCGGCAGUUAUUGCGAAGAUUCCAUUCAAAAUACCAGUAAAAAUGGUUCGGACGAUGUUAGUGAUAAGAGCAUAAAUGGUAUUAGUUUGAGUGAUUUGGAAACAUCCAGAUUUGCCGAAGAAUUCAAAGUAGAGUCAUUUAUUGCAUCUGGUACAUUCGGCGAUGUGUAUAAAUGUGUCAAUUAUUUAGACGGUAUGGAGUAUGCUAUUAAAAGAUCAGCCAUCCAGGUAGCCGGUACCAACGCCGAACAUCUGGCCAGAAAAGAAGUAUUCGCUCACGCCGCUCUGAAAUCGCAUCUACAUAUCGUCUCUUAUUAUUCGUCGUGGAUAGAAAACGGCCAUCUUUAUAUACAAACCGAAUAUUGUAACGGUGGCAGUCUAGAAUCGGCGAUCAACGAGCAGAAGAAAGAAUUCACCGAAUGCGGACUGAGACGUUUAACGAACCAUAUUGCCAAAGGUUUGAAACACAUACACUCGCUUCAUUUAGCGCACAUGGAUAUUAAACCUUCGAAUAUAUUUAUACAUAAAAUCGACACGUUACUAUCAUCUGAUGAAGAAUUGGACGACGUGGAUCGCGAUGAUAUCGAUCUAGUUUAUAAAAUUGGCGACCUAGGACAUGUAAUUGUCGUUGACGAACCCUACGAUGUUAUCGAUGGAGACUGCAGAUACAUGCCCAAAGAAUUACUCAACGAAGAUUACAGUAGUUUGCAGAAAGCCGAUGUAUUUUCGUUCGGUAUGACUUUAUACGAAGCUGCCGGAGGAGGACCGUUACCUAAAAAUGGAGACGAAUGGCAACGAUUGCGAAGCGGCGAUAUUGCUUAUUUAAAUAAGUACAGUUCUACCUUUAACCAAAUUAUCAGAAGUAUGCUGCAUCCGGAUCCGGACCAGAGACCGAAUAUAAAAUCCAUACUGCAGAGAACCAGAGUCAUAUCGGAAUCGUUGCAACAGCAAAUAUUUUCAUGGAAAGUAAAAACCGAUUUUUACGCUCAACACGUUAAAUUAUCCUCUUUGAUGGAUAGUAAUCAUUCACCUGUGAUUUGCGCCGAUAAUAUUCCUAAAAUAUUUGUUGAAAAAGUUUAAUGUUUUCUGUUAUACUAUUCGUAUUAUUAUUAUUAUUUUUUUAUGCAUACAUUUUUGGAUCCAACAACCUUUUAUGAUUUAUUUUUAUAUUAUUUUCCUCCGUGUAAUUCGAAGACGUACUAUUAUGAUAGUUUUAAUUAUAAUUUCGAAAAAACGUUCAUUAACAAGGUUUAAAUAAUAUAACUAUUUAGUUGAAUACGAUUUACGUGAUUUUGACAUAUUCAUUUUUUUACGUUUCUUUUUUUUUUAAUAUUGAAAUAUUUCAGUUCAUUUUGGUGACGAAAGAUUUAAUUGAAUUACAAUAUCGUUUAAUAAGUAAAUCGGUAAAUAACUGUAUGUUUUUCGUUAACAAUUGAGGUAGUUAGUAUAGCUUACAAAGUGGUUUAUACUAAUGUUAUUUAAACUUCGUAUAACUACCUUGAUUUUUUUUUAAAUUUGUAAAAUUAUUUUCUGUCAUUUGUAUAAAUUUUAUUUUAUUUGUUAUACUUGAUCGAUCAAUUUUCAACACUCAUUCAAUUUAAAUAACUUGUUAAUUUUAAUCCAUUUUUGUGUAUUUUUUAAAAAUAUCUUUCUGCAUGAUUCACUUUCAAGUGAUCAUAUUUUUCUACUUUCGAUUUACUUCUUCAUUAAUUUCAAUUUAUCAAAGAUUUUUUUUUAUAUGAACUGAAUUAUUUUAAUGUUUAAUUUACUCUUAUUUUAGUAUGUUACAUAUGCUAUGGCAAACUUUUUUCAAUAUUGCUAAUUAUGUUCUUAUAUUUUAAUCUAAACGUUCUUUUUUGUUUUAUUAAGAUGUUUCGUUUUUAUUUUCAAAAAUGUAUGUGUUGUGAUAAUUAUCUUUAAAAUGCAUUAAAUACUACUGAAAUCGUACGUAUACAUUUGAAAAUUGCAUUUUUCCCCCCGAGAAAUAUCAUUACGUUUUAUUUAGUAGUAAUUUCGUUUUGUGAUAAUUAUUUUUUGUAAUAAAAUUUUUACUACGUUUUA